CCAUGCUCGCUGCAAGGAUGGUCCUGCUGCUCCUGCUGCUCCUCACCUUCUCCCUGCACCGUGCCACAGCCCACAUCACGCCCGUCGAAUGCUGCUUCAAGUACGCACAGAAACCCGUCCGACACGUGCAGAGUUUCUAUGAGACGCCCAGCGACUGCUCCUUGCCUGCAGUUGUGGUUGUGACUGCCACCGGUGACAAGAUCUGCGCCGACCCCAAGAAGCCCUGGGUGAAAAGAGCCAUGAAAAAGCUUCAAAGGAAAAAAUGA